AUGCUUUCUUUGAGAAGAUCAACUGUUCCAUUAAGACAAACCUCUUUCAUAUCACGCAGACUCCAAUCUGCCCUUUCCAAAGAAUCAACCUCGACUCCAGAUGCCCCUGCAAAUGAUUCAACUUCAUUAAAACAAGCUCCAAAUAGAGAUUCAACUUGGUCAAGAUCCCAAGCUUCAAGAUCCCAAGUGUUGAACCAUGCGAAAUUCGUUCAAAAGGACCUAUCCAAGCAACCACAACCUUAUGCUGCUAUUGACUUGAUUGCCAAACAACCUAUUCGUUAUAUCCCUGAUAGAAUUGCUGUAUGUCAAGGUCAAAAACAAUUGGGUCAAGGACAUCCAAAGAUUUAUAUCAAUUUGGAUCCUAAAAGACCUGCUACGUGUGGGUAUUGUGGGUUAAGAUUUGCUCAAGAGGAGUUUAAACAAGAAAUUGAAGCUUCUGAGUAA